AUGCGAACCACAGCAGGUGCAGGGACGUGGAAGAGGAGCAGACCAGUGCAGGGACGCGGAGGAGGAGCAGACCAGUGCAGGGACGCGGAGGAGGAGCAGACCAGUGCAGGGACGCGGAGGAGGAGCAGACCACAAGCAGCCAGACGGAGGACGCCAGGGACGCGCCGAGUAGCCCUGCUCCUGGAGACGCGCUGUCAGGUCCACUCAGAGCUGGCGCUGAUUGAAGAGGAGGAGGGCCGCCUGGAGGCCGCUCUGACUCACCUCCACAAAGCUCUGCAGCUGGAUCUAAACGGGACGCACCGACAACGACUGUCAUCCUCCACUCGCCUGCUCCAGCUCAGAGCCCCGUGCCGCGCUGCCUCCCGCCUCGAGGAUCAGGCUGCCACGCUUAUGCAGCAGGUUAAGGAUAUGCCAAAUGAAAACACAGACAGCCGUCCUCUGUUGGUGGCUGUCGGUCUUCUUUUGGCCCCUCAUGAUUUCCAGGGGGUUUUGGAUGCAGACGACCCAUGCAAAGCUUCCCAUGACGGUUCUGGACCGGUGGCGAAUCUCUGUGUUAAAGCUCAGCAUCACUCACACUCUGUCCAAAUGACCCAGAAGCACCUACUUCACCAAGAGGACUCUGACCCGGUAGAAAGACUGAGGCUUUGGGCAGCUCUCGUGAAGGCUGCGAGGAAACAGGAGGAGUGGGAUGUGUGCCGAGCCGCUUGCCGCUUCUGCCUGCUCUACGAUGACAGGAGAUGGAAGCUGUCCAGGGCAAACCGUGAGAAGACGAGGAACCCUGAGACCGAGGGAGCCCCACAGGGCUGUGUUCUUUCUCCCCUGCUCUUCUCUCUGUACACCAACCACUGCACCUCCAGCCACGACUCCGUGAAGCUGAUCAAGUUCGCGGACGACACCACCCUCAUUGGACUCAUCUCCAACAACGAUGAGUCCGCCUACAGGAGGGAGGUGGACCGGCUGGUGUCCUGGUGCAGUGGUAACAACCUGGAGCUGAACGCCCAGAAGACAGUGGAGAUGAUUGUGGACUUCAGGAAGAGCACUGUCCCCCCACCCCCACCCUCCGUGAUGGACUCCCCCAUCACCUCUGUGGAGUCCUUCCGUUUCCUGGGCACCACCAUCACCCAGGACCUCAAGUGGGAGCCGACCAUCAGCUCCCUCAUCAAGAAGGCCCAGCAGAGGAUGUACUUCCUGCGGCAGCUCAGGAAAGCCAAGCUGCCUGCACAGAUGUUGGUGCAGUUCUACACGGCCAUCAUCGAGUCCAUCCUCACCUCCUCCGUCACCGUGUGGUUCGCUGGAGCCACAGUCAGGGACAAACAGAGACUACAGCGCAUUGUGCGCUCUGCAGAGGAAGUGAUCGGCCGCAGCCUUCCAUCGCUGCAGGACCUGCGCUCAAACACUUCAGUCUUCCUCACGCACGGAGAGCGGGCGCGCACACACUCCAGUCUUUCCCACACACGGGAGCAGGGAGCGGGGAUCGGUCCCGGGAAGCCCGGAGGUGGCUUGAGGCGCGAUGGUCCACGGUGCUCCUUUUUGGUGGGAGUUGGAGAGCCGUUACGCCGCUGCGGGACAGGCAAGUGGAGUUCUCUGACCCACAGACUCAGACCUCCUCACUCCCUCAGACCCACAGACUCAAACCCCUCACUCCCUCAGACCCACAGACUCAAACCCCUCAAUACCUCAGACCCACAGACUAAAACCUCCUCUCUCCCUCAGACCCACAGACUCAGACCUCCUCACUCCCUCAGACCUCCUCACUCCCUCAGACCCACAGACUCAAACCCCUCACUCCCUCAGACCCACAGACUAAAACCUCCUCUCUCCCUCAGACCCACAGACUCAGACCUCCUCACUCCCCCAGACCUCCUCACUCCCUCAGACCCACAGACUCAGACCUCCUCACUCCCUCAGACCCACAGACUCAGACCUCCUCACUCCCUCAGACCCACAGACUCAGACCUCCUCACUCCCUCAGACCCACAGACUCAGACCUCCUCACUCCCCCAGACCUCCUCACUCCCUCAGACCCACAGACUCAGACCUCCUCACUCCCUCAGACCCACAGACUCAGACCUCCUCACUCCCUCAGACCCACAGACUCAGACCUCCUCACUCCCUCAGACCCACAGACUCAGACCUCCUCACUGCCCCAGACCUCCUCACUCCCUCAGACCCACAGACUCAGACCUCCUCACUCCCUCAGACCCACAGACUCAGACCUCCUCACUCCCUCAGACCCACAGACUCAGACCUCCUCACUCCCUCAGACCCACAGACUCAGACCUCCUCACUCCCUCAGACCCACAGACUCAGACCUCCUCACUCCCUCAGACCCACAGACUCAGACCUCCCCACUCCCUCAGACCCACAGACUCAGACCUCCUCACUCCCUCAGACCCACAGACUCAGACCUCCUCGCUCCCUCAGACCCACAGACUCAGACCUCCUCACUACCUCAGACCCACAGACUCAGACCUCCUCACUCCCUCAGACCCACAGACUCAGACCUCUUCACUCCCUCAGACCCACAGACUCAGACCUCCUCACUCCCUCAGACCCACAGACUCAGACCUCUUCACUCCCUCAGACCCACAGACUCAGACCUCCUCACUCCCUCAGACCUCCUCACUCCCUCAGACCCACAGACUCAGACCUCCUCACUCCCCCAGACCACCUCACUCCCUCAGACCCACAGACUCAGACUUCCUCACUCCCUCAGACCCACAGACUCAGACCCACAGACUCAGACCUCCUCACUCCCUCAGACCCACAGACUCAGACCCACAGACUCAGACCUCCUCACUCCCUCAGACCCACAGACUCAGACCUCCUCACUCCCCCAGACCACCUCACUCCCUCAGACCCACAGACUCAGACCCACAGACUCAGACCUCCUCACUCCCUCAGACCCACAGACUCAGACCUCCUCACUACCUCAGACCUCCUCACUCCCUCAGACCCACAGACUCAGACCUCCUCACUACCUCAGACCCACAGACUCAGACCUCCUCACUCCCUCAGACUUCCUCACUCCCUCAGACCCACAGACUCAGACCUCCUCUCUCCCUCAGACCCACAGACUCAGACCACCUCACUCCCUCAGACCCACAGACUCAGACUUCCUCACUCCCUCAGACCCACAGACUCAGACCUCCUCGCUCCCUCAGACCCACAGACUCAGACCUCCUCACUCCCUCAGACCCACAGACUCAGACCUCCUCUCUCCCUCAGACCCACAGACUCAGACCACCUCACUCCCUCAGACCCACAGACUCAGACUUCCUCACUCCCUCAGACCCACAGACUCAGACCUCCUCACUCCCUCAGACCCACAGACUCAGACCUCCUCGCUCCCUCAGACCCACAGACUCAGACCUCCUCACUCCCUCAGACCCACAGACUCAGACCUGCUCACUCCCUCAGACCCACAGACUCAGACCUCCUCACUCCCACAGACCCACAGACUCAGACGUCCUCACUCCCUCAGACCCACAGACUCAGACCUCCUCACUCCCUCAGACCCACAGACUCAGACCUCCUCACUCCCUCAGACCCACAGACUCAGACCUCCUCACUCCCACAGACCCACAGACUCAGACGUCCUCACUCCCUCAGACCCACAGACUCAGACCUCCUCUCUCCCUCAGACCCACAGACUCAGACCUCCUCUCUCCCUCAGACCCACAGACUCAGACCUCCUCACUACCUCAGACCUCCUCGCUCCCUCAGACCCACAGACUCAGACCUCCUCACUCCCUCAGACCCACAGACUCAGACCUCCUCACUCCCUCAGACCCACAGACUCAGACCUGCUCACUCCCACAGACCCACAGACUCAGACCUCCUCACUCCCUCAGACCCACAGACUCAGACCUGCUCACUCCCUCAGACCCACAGACUCAGACCUGCUCACUCCCUCAGACCCACAGACUCAGACCUGCUCACUCCCUCAGACCCACAGACUCAGACCUCCUCACUCCCUCAGACCCACAGACUCCGACCUCCUCACUCCCUCAGACCCACAGACUCAGACCUCCUCACUCCCUCAGACCCACAGACUCAGACCUCCUCGCUCCCUCAGACCCACAGACUCAGACCUCCUCACUCCCUCAGACCUCCUCACUCCCUCAGACCCACAGACUCAGACCCACAGACUCAGACCUCCUCACUCCCUCAGACCCACAGACUCAGACCUCCUCACUCCCCCAGACCACCUCACUCCCUCAGACCCACAGACUCAGACCCACAGACUCAGACCUCCUCACUCCCUCAGACCCACAGACUCAGACCUCCUCACUACCUCAGACCUCCUCACUCCCUCAGACCCACAGACUCAGACCUCCUCGCUCCCUCAGACCCACAGACUCAGACCUCCUCACUUCCUCAGACCCACAGACUCAGACCUCCUCACUCCCUCAGACCCACAGACUCAGACCUCCUCGCUCCCUCAGACCCACAGACUCAGACCUCCUCACUCCCUCAGACCCACAGACUCAGACCUGCUCACUCCCUCAGACCCACAGACUCAGACCUCCUCACUCCCACAGACCCACAGACUCAGACGUCCUCACUCCCUCAGACCCACAGACUCAGACCUCCUCACUCCCUCAGACCCACAGACUCAGACGUCCUCACUCCCUCAGACCCACAGACUCAGACCUCCUCACUCCCUCAGACCCACAGACUCAGACCUCCUCACUCCCUCAGACCCACAGACUCAGACCUCCUCACUCCCACAGACCCACAGACUCAGACGUCCUCACUCCCUCAGACCCACAGACUCAGACCUCCUCACUCCCUCAGACCCACAGACUCAGACCUCCUCACUCCCUCAGACCCACAGACUCAGACCUCCUCACUCCCACAGACCCACAGACUCAGACGUCCUCACUCCCUCAGACCCACAGACUCAGACCUCCUCACUCCCUCAGACCCACAGACUCAGACCUGCUCACUCCCUCAGACCCACAGACUCAGACCUGCUCACUCCCUCAGACCCACAGACUCAGACCUCCUCACUCCCACAGACCCACAGACUCAGACCUCCUCACUCCCUCAGACCUCCUCACUCCCUCAGAUCCACAGACUUUUGUUCUUUCAUGUGGCCCUACUGCUGUUGUUCAGAAGCUGCACACAGAAGGGGUUCAGCUCAAUGGCUGUCCUGUGCCUCCGCUUGUGAAGGAGGAGUCUGUGAGCGAGAAAAAUGCUGACUGGAUCGUUUACAGAGACUGGAUUGUUUCGCUCUCAGCCUACGCCUCCUCCUCUUUCGUGCGCGCUGCUGAGCUCGGGGCGGAGAUCUCAGAGUCAUGGGUUGUUGCAAACGCCGCCAUUUACCUGUGGAAUUACAACAAGCACAUACUCUCACGGAGGCAUUACCAGCUCCUCCUGCCCACUUUCAGGCCUGUGGUGGACCUCAUGCAGAAGAUGCAGUACUCAGGGGAUUGUGCUCUUUUUGCAAUGCUGUGUAACGUGGUGGCUCGAGGCCUCAUCCAGCCCCUGUCUGCUCCAGUCGCCGUGGAGACACCGGUGCCAGUGGACAAAGGCAGAGGCAGAGGGGGUGUGGCCGCUGUGGGGGGGCCGGCCCUGGACCCUUCAGGCCUGCAAGAUGCCCGCAAGGCUCUGGAGCUGUGUGAGUUUGCUCUGAAGUUGACCGGCGGUGUGGUCCCUGCGGAGGGCGUUCCCCUGGCGGAGAGGAGCCAGGUUGUGUCUACCUGGGUUCAGACCAAGAGACUGUUACAACAGCAGAUCGGCUCAGCCCUGGACCUGGGAAAUGAGAGUCCAAAUGCAGAGGUGCGAGCGAUGACGCGUGUUCUGGUGGGACUGGAGAUGUUUCAGUGCAAUAGGAGCCCUGGACAGAUGGACUUCUCUCUCCCUGCUCUCUCCACAUUGGCGUCGCUGGCCUCUGAAUGCAGCUGGACCGAUGCCCUGGUGGAGCUGCAGGUGUGGUGCCAGAUGUCCUCCUUCUGCCAAGACGCUGAUGAGCACGACCUGGUGCUGAGCUGCUCACACAGAGCCCUGAGUCUGAGGGACGCAGCAGAGAAGAGGCUCCGAGGGGCACCUUAUGUCCUCCACGACUCCGUGAAGCUGAUCAAGUUCGCGGACGACACCACCCUCAUUGGACUCAUCUCCAACAACGAUGAGUCCGCCUACAGGAGGGAGGUGGACCGGCUGGUGUCCUGGUGCAGUGGUAACAACCUGGAGCUGAACGCCCAGAAGACAGUGGAGAUGAUUGUGGACUUCAGGAAGAGCACUGUCCCCCCACCCCCACCCUCCGUGAUGGACUCCCCCAUCACCUCUGUGGAGUCCUUCCGUUUCCUGGGCACCACCAUCACCCAGGACCUCAAGUGGGAGCCGACCAUCAGCUCCCUCAUCAAGAAGGCCCAGCAGAGGAUGUACUUCCUGCGGCAGCUCAGGAAAGCCAAGCUGCCUGCACAGAUGUUGGUGCAGUUCUACACGGCCAUCAUCAAGUCCAUCCUCACCUCCUCCAAGUCUCUCCUGGGUGAGUCUCUCCUGGGACAGGACAUUCGUGCUCAGGACAUUUGGCUGGGCAAAGCAGAGGCGUGCCUCAGCAUGGGGCUGUUCCCACAGGCCAGACACUUCCUGGAGGAAACUCACUCCGUGGCAACAGAGUUUGCAGAUGGGAUCAGCGUUGGCCGUAGUCUGGUUUGUCUGGCGGCUUUAGAGUGUGAGCGGAGGAGCAGUGCAGCUUUGAUCCUGUUGGACGCCGCGGAGGACUAUGGAGGAGACAUGGACUUCUGGUACCAGCUGAGCCAGACCAGAGUCAAGGCAGCAGCCAUUCAGCCAGACCAGCACGUGCACGCCAAGAUCAUGGACACAGUGAGACGAGGCUGUGAAGUUCUGGAGCAGAGCAAAGAGCAGCAGCUGAACAGAGCAAAGGAAAUGGACUUUUUGAUCACGUCACUAAAAAUGAGGGGAGCUGUAGAGUGUGUUGCUCUCUCGGCUGAUGUGGAGCCCGGUCUCAGCCUUUGUCCUGAAGCAGCUCAAAGGUUAAAAAGUGACUGUGAUAAACUGAAGCAGUGUUCCCGAGAGUUCAGCCUCCUCCAUCACCAAGAGCAGGCAGCAGAAGCCCUGGCCCACUGCUCCCACACCCUCAGGUUUUUAGCUUCACGCAGCUCAGACACAGAGGAGAAACAGCGCCUCCUGCUGGACGCUCUGUCACAGAUGCAGGCGGCAGUGAGUGCAUUGGAACAUGUGUCUCUGAGUGCACAGAGUCUGCUCCCGACGCAGGACCAGAGCCCUGUGGUGUCGCUGCCUGUGCUGAUGCGGCUGCUGCGGCGGCGGUUAGACCUGUGUGAGCUUUCUCUCCUCAUGUUGGAAGAACACUGCACUGAGAAAACACGCCAGGUUCUGGAACGCACUCAUAAGUCAUCUGCAGAGGUGCUUCUGGAGGACUUCACCCGCUGCUCUCCGGAGCCCGACUCCAUCCGUCAGGCCUGGCUGAAUGUGGGCACUACCCUUGGGCAGGUGGCACUGGGCCAGCUGGCCUCAGUCAGCUCUCACUACCUGAACAGCCCUGGGACCAGAGCACGCAGCCUCUGUCUAAUGGGGAAGUAUCUGAGGCUGCAGGCCACGAUGGAAGACCCCGUUUAUGCCUCCGCCCUCUGGGACCCUCACAAGCAGGAAGCUUCCACCGACCCAACAGUGGCAGGUGCCGAGCAAGACGCUUCAGAGAAAGAAAAGAGAAGUGCCAAAAAGACAAGAGUGACCUCAGCCAAGAGCCCUGAUCAGCAGAUGCCGGAAGCACAGCACUUAUUGGCUGAAGCGAGUAAGUCCCUGUCAGAGGCCUCGAGUGUGUGUCUUCAGAAGCAGCUGUCUCCUGCGCUGCUGACUGAAGUGUGUGUGAACAUGGUGGAGGCCGUGGGUCUGUCGCAGCCCAGCGUCACCGGACAAUACCUGGCUCUGCUGCAGAGCUGCCACUCCAUCGGCCUCACGUCCAAGGUCCUGGCUGCUGCCUGUAGUGACUCUCGGGACGCGGCUCUCUUCUCUCGGCUCCACAAAAACCCUCUCCUGUCCCGUGACGAGGGCCCCGCCAACCCCCUGCAGGCGGCUCAGAACACUCACCACUCCGUCUCCAAGGCCUUUUCUCAUUUGUCCUUGAACCCGAGUCACAUGACCCUGCUCUCAGAUCUGCCUCCAAACAUGAAGCUUCUCCUGCUGCAGCACUCCCAGGACAGGACGGCACUUUAUGGGGCUUUCUAUGAAGUGAAAACUCAAAAAGGCAAAACGACUCAAACUAAAGGUCUGACGUGUUCAAAGGUUGCCAAGGUGACUGUCUGCCCCAGGACUCUGCUCUCUCUGCUGGACCAAGUUCAGACCCUGGACCAAGAGAUCUGCCAAGUGCGACUACAGGAGGCCUCCCACCGGGCCGCUGGGGGCAGGAGCUCAGCAGAACUAGCGUCUCUCUUCAGGGAGUUGGUUCAUCAAAUGGAAGUCUAUCUGGAUCCACUUCUCUCACAGUUUGACUUCAGCUGCUUCAGGUCUGUGGCAGAAGCUCCAGAACCGAGCCGUGCCAAAGACAAAGAGGAGAAGACCAGCUCAGUGUUCCCAGCUGAGUGGAGGGAGGCGCUGGUGCUCUUGGCCGAUCAGACGCUGCUGCAGUUUCCUCUGGAGGCUCUGUCUGUGCUGCAGCGGGACGGCCUGACGUCUGUGACCCGGGACUUCAGUCUGCAGCUGCUCCACACACGCCUGCACCACUCUCACAGAGUUGAAGGUGACAACAAAAAGGAGACCAAAGGAGGAAAAGCCAAGAGAGAUCAAAGCCAGGCCAUCAAAGCACGGCCGUUUGUCCUGCCCCCAAACACAAUCCCGGUCAACGGCAAGAACAUCAAAUAUGUGGUGGACCCUCACAAUGACGGUGUCUUUGGUAAGUACUCGCAAUAUUAA